GACAGUGACAAAACGGAUGGAGAGGGGGAGCAGGCAAACGGGGGACAUGAAGAAGGGGGGCCGGAAAACGAAGAAUAUGCAAGUGUGAAGGAACCUGUUCAGUGCGACGGUAGCGGUGAUACAGCGGAGGCAGCACCCAAUGUAGGUACUUACCUAUCGGGGGAGGGUGACUCAAAGCACCGCACAGUACUCGAAGGGGAAUCAGAAAAGGCAAGCAAUGAGGAAGGCGAUGAGGCAGAUGCCAUGCCAAACGUGGACGCAGCUAAUGGCGACGAUGUCCCACCUGAACAUGAGGAACAGCAUCCCAGUGACAAUAAAGAUGAAAAUGGGGUAAAAAAAAAAAAAAAAAAAUUGCGAAGGUUGAAAAAAUGCAAUGAUGGAAGUGACACUCAGGAGGAUACACAAGAGGCAGAUGAAGAGAAGCAGGCCCAUAAAAUUAGUAAAAAGAAUUUUAUCGUAAAAAAUAUCGCACAUGAAAGGGAAGGGGAGGAAGACGACGAUGGAAAGAACCCUCCUGACGAUGGACACGAAACUCCCGCGGGGGGGGAAGAAAAUCAGGGGGAGAAAAAAAACCAGAAGGUGAUGAAGAAAAAGAUGGAGAAGAGAAAGACCAAAGGGGGAAAGAAGCACGGAGCGAACACUAACGCGGAUGCAGGUGCCAACUCAGAUGCUAGCUACCCCGGUGGCGAUGAAGAUGAUGAUGACGACGAUCAUGACGACUACGAGGGAUACCACUCCGAGGACCACUCAGACAGUGAACCAGACGAGGAAGAAGACCUCUCCCAAGGAGAGAGCGACGAGGAGGAAAAGAGGAAGAAAUCCCGAAGGAAGAAGAAGGCAGGAGAGGGUACCCAAAAGAAGAGCGAACCAAAGGGGAACGAAUCCAAGGCAGAUGAAGACGGAGACGACACGCAACAACUGAAGGAAAGAAAAAAGAAAAUGAAAAACUCGAAACUCAUGGAAGACAUCGACCCAGAUGAGGACAAGUUAAAGUUAAAGCUAAUUUGCAUGUCCUUCCAUAAGAAGGAAUACGAUAUAGAGGAGUUCAUAUUCGAAAGUUUGAAGGUAAUAAUUCCCCAGUACAAAAGGGAGGUGUUCCUGAACCAACAGAAUAUAAUCAUUGACCGUACCAACAGGGAGGAAUUGAAGAGCCUGGAGGUUUUCUGGUUCGACAGGUUAACAAGGAACAGGAGCCGAAGCAUAAUUAGCUGCUUCACCACGUUGGGUAAGAUGGGCCUUGCGGGGAAAGCAACGAAUGGAGCGACCGGCGCGUCGGAAAAUUUAGCCAGCGCUCCCGAAAAUGUGACGAAUGUUCCGGAAAAGGUAGCUAGCACGGUAACCGCCACCCUGGAGCAUAUAUUCACCAAGAAGAAGGACCAAAUAAUUGUGGACCACCUCGCUGCGCUCUGCACACAACAAGUGAAACUGGUCAAGGAGUACAUCUCCUACGUGAGGAAAAACAUAUUCGACCUAUCGUCCAUCUCAGAAAACAACGACAAAAUAAAAGAAUUGAAUAUCCUAGAUCCGAUAAAAAGGAGGGAACUGUUCUUUUACCUUAAUUUAUGCAUUUCAAUGAAUUACAUUCAAGAGCAGGCCCCAAAUGUUUAUGCUCUGCCGAAUGAUCUUUCUCCAGACAUUAGGGGCUUCAAUUUGCACCCCAUGUUUUCUCAUAUCAAUAAAAAAAAAAAUGAACAAAGAAGAGAAAAAGUUGGAAAUCCUUGGGAAAAAUUAAAAUUAUUAAAAAAAUCCCAAAAGACGGAUGGAGCAAAUAAAUCUAGCGACCCCAGCAUGCGCAAAGGAGAAGUAGCCGCACAAAUGAGUACAAAAAAAAAUGAAAUAAAUGAGGAGGAACCACCAGACGGAGAAGAAAAUGAUGAAAAAAAAAAAAACAGUAAACACACAGAUGAUAACGAAAUGGUUAACAAAAAAGCUUUGGAAGAGGAAGAAAAAAAAAGAAAGGCAUUAGAAGAAAUGAAAAAAAAAAAAAAAGAAAAAGAUGAAAAAAAAAUUUACAACGUUUAUUCUCUACUCGAAUCAGCUGCCCAGUAUUUUGGCGAAGGACCAAAAUACUCCAACCCUAAUAUGCAUGAAUUCUACAAGUCCAACAAUAAUCAGCUCGUUUACAUAAAACCACCAGGAAAUAUAGACGAGAAAAAUAUAUUGAUAAAUUACUUUUUGCAAUUUCCAAGCAUCACCAAAAAGCUAGAAUACAAUAAAAGAAGAAUCUAUGCUGAGAAUUAUGGCCUUGUUAGGAUUAUUAAAAAUAGCGAAAAUUUACCCGUCAGUUUUUCUUUGAAUACACACCCCUGGCUGUUAGAGCCGUAUCAGGACCUCUGGAAGGAGCAAAACAAAUUGAACAACUUUUCCAUUUUUAAUAUGGACAAUUUGUUGCGUGACGGGGAAGACGACUUGGUGAGCUUCGAGAGUAACCAGUUCUCCCUCACCAGGGGGGACGCGCAAAAGGCAGCACCGGUGAAGACGGAGGCGGUGAAAAUAGAUGCGGUGAAAACAGAGACAGUAAAGGGGGAAGCUAUAAAGACAGAACCUACAAAGCUAGAAGCUACAAUGACAGAAGUUACAAAGACAGAAGUUACAAAGACAGAAGCUGCAAAGGAAGAAGCCCCCCAGGAGGGAAACUCCAAAUGUGACGCUCCCCAACCGGAGGCAUCGCCCCCCACCAUACCGAACAAACCGGGCGAACAAACUUCAGCACUUCCCACCGAAAUAAAAAUAUAUGACAGCAAAAAGAAAAACGAUUUUCUCACCAAAAAAAUUAAAAAGUUCUGUUCGAAUGAGGACACUAAACAGCUAAAACUGACGUCCUUCCUGAGUAGAGAAAAAGUCAGCAAAAAUGUGGACGUGGUUAAAAAAGGGGACAGCGAAAAACCAGACAAGGAUAAGCUCACCCCAGGCGAGCUAAGCAGAAACAUAGUCGGAAACCAAAAGGAGGAACAACCAAGUGAAGAACUCCCCCUAGAAAGUGAAAAAGAAGACACAGAAUACAUUAAAAUAAAAAAAAAAAAUAAGAGAGUACUAGACGACGAAGCAAUUAAUGAGAUAUAUGACAGCCAGACGGACAACGACACGAAUAACGGAUCCCACGUGGAUCAAGGAAAUGGAGGAUAUCAUGAACCAAGUGGGUCCACCGAACAGCAGGAGCAGCACGCCAACCAUGAGAAGAGCUCCACUGCCAGUAACAAUCCUGACUGGGUUAAGGACGAUCAUGCUGAGGAGCCGGAAGGAAGUGUGCGAAUAAAAAAAAAACUGAAAAAGAGGCAGGUUCCUGAUGAAAACGACGUUGGUUACGAUGCUGAUGAUGGCAGCGACGACGAUGCCCAAGACGAGGAUGCCACAAAGGGAAGUGAAAACACAAACGAAGAUGAGGUCAAGAAAGAACAGGCAGACAAAACGAACAACCAGUUUUAUACGGUUUUUAAGGAGCGAUUCGAAAAGGAAAAGAAAAGGUUGCGGGACGACAAGAUGCAACACGUGUUCGAGUUAGAAGCAGAGGAAAGUGAGGACGAAAAUAUUGAGGACCCUGAAGAAAGGAAGAGGGCGCAGCUGCUAAAGAGGAAGAACCAGGCGGAUGACUCCGACGAUGACGAACAGUACAACAACGAGGGACUUAGCGAAUUCAUAAACAACGAAGAGUACAACAGCGACAACGAGGUUGUCAAACUUAAGCACAAACAAGAAAUGGAACAACUGGAGGAAGACCUAUUUUUAAAAAAGUUCACCUACCAAGGGAAGGAAUUUAACAACGAACUGACAAACAGAGAAAAACUGGAACUAGAAAGAGAGCGGCAAUUACUACGAAGGAAGAAACUGCUAUUUGACAAAACUUUAGGACAUGUGAAGUUGAGUGACUUCGAGUCAGAUAGCAGCACAAGCAGUAACACCAGCUCGAAGAAGAAAAUUAAAAACACCAUGUAUGAACCGUUCACCGAACUUGAAAAUACAAAGUUGUCUAAGAGGAAUCAUCCCACGGUUGGUGGGGCUCAUAAGGAGGGUGCCUUUAACAAGGGAGAGGGUCCCGCAGAUUUGGAAGGCGAACACAAAAGGAAGCAGAUCCUCGAAAAAAUGGACAACGUCAUGUACACGAAGGAGAUCAAAACGAACGAAGGAAAACGAAUCGUGAUUAAGAAAAAAAGGAAAAUUCGUUUUCAUCAAGACUUGUCCGAUGUGACAGUCACGGAGGAGGAGAAGGUUGACGCAUAUGAAAAAACCAAGAAGAAACCGAAAAAGGUAAAUGCAAACUUGGUUGAGCAACCCAAGUCAUCCCCUGUCACCAUUCCAAACAAGGGAAUGAAUCAUAAUAACAAGGCCUCCAUAAAAUGGAACGACAACAUAAAGGAUAUCAGCGAGCUGGACACCCCCACCAGUAACGAAGUCUUUAAAGGCUUCCGCAAGGUCGAAAAUGCGCAGUGA